AUGACGACCAAGCGACCCGCCCCCUCGUCCUUCGCCGCCUCGAACGCGCCCACCAAGCGCGCCGCCCCCUCGACCACCCUCACCUCCUUCUUCCCCUCGUCGACCGGUCCCGCGCGCCCUCCCCAACCCGUCGUCGCCUCGGACCCCAUCACCGACCGCAGCUCGACGUUCGUCGCGCACGCCGCACCCUGCACCAACCACGUCCAGGCCGCGACCCUGCACGCCCACGUGCGCGCGCUGCGCACCCCGAGCCACCCGGUCGAGUGCUCGCACGAGGUGCUCGCGUGGCGGUGCUUGGGCCUCAGGCCGGGACGCACCGGGCUCGAGGGCGAGGACGACUGGAGGGUCGAGGGGGGCGCCGACGACGAUGGCGAGAAGGGCGCGGGCGCGGUCGUGCGCGAGGUGCUCGACCGAGAGGGGGGAGUCGACGUCGCCAUCGUCGUUUCGAGGCUGUACGGAGGCAUCAUGCUCGGCCCCGCGCGCUUCACCCACAUCCUCACCGUCGCCUCGCAGGCACUCGCCCGCCUCCUUGCACAACUGCGCCUCGCGGCCCUCGAGAAACAGCUGCGCGACCUCGAUGCGCAGAUCGCCUCCUUUUCGACCGCCUCCUC